AUGAAUCCUUUUAUCCUAACCACCCUUCUCCUUGGUCUAGGUCUCGGAACUACAAUUACAUUUGCGAGUUCACACUGACUCUUAGCCUGAAUGGGCCUAGAAAUCAACACACUAGCCAUUAUCCCACUCAUAGCGCAACAUCACCACCCUCGAGCGGUUGAGGCUACUACUAAAUACUUUUUAACACAAGCAACAGCCGCCGCCACACUCCUGUUUGCAAGCAUAACAAACGCCUGGCUCACAGGCCAGUGGGACAUCCAACAAAUGACACACCCCCUCGCCACAACCAUAAUUAUUAUUGCCCUGGCAUUGAAAAUUGGUCUAGCACCAAUACACUCCUGACUCCCCGAAGUUCUUCAAGGUUUGGACCUAACAACCGGCCUCAUCCUUUCAACUUGACAAAAGCUUGCCCCCUUUGCACUACUUAUACAAAUCCAACUUGACAACCCCACCCCCUUAAUUAUUUUAGGCCUCACAUCUACCCUCGUGGGUGGGUGAGGCGGCCUCAACCAAACGCAGCUCCGUAAAAUCCUUGCCUAUUCAUCAAUCGCCCACCUCGGCUGAAUAAUACUUAUCCUUCAGUUCUCACCCCUCCUCACCCUUCUUGCUCUCAUCACCUACCUCAUUAUAACAUCCUCAGUAUUCCUAAUCUUCAAAAUAAACAAAGCCACAACCAUUAAUGCCCUCGCAAUCUCCUGAACAAAAACGCCUAUCCUAACAGCUCUUAUCCCACUAGUCUUACUCUCCCUAGGGGGCCUUCCCCCUCUAACCGGGUUCAUACCUAAAUGGUUUAUCCUCCAAGAACUAACAAAGCAAGACCUUGCCACCCUCGCCACUCUAGCAGCCCUUACUGCCCUCCUCAGCUUAUACUUCUAUCUACGACUCUCGUACGCGAUAACACUCACAAUAGCCCCAAACAACCUCACCGGCACCACUCCGUGGCGAUUCUCCUCCCCUCAACUAACCCUUCCGCUCGCAAUCUCAAGCACAACCGCCACCCUACUACUCCCGCUAGCUCCUGCCACCCUAGCGCUCUUAACAACCUA